AUGGAAGAAAGAAAAAACAACAAAAUACUAGUUCUUAUAUUAGUGAUAGGUGCAUCAGCAUUGUUCAUUGGCGGUGCAGUAUAUUUGUUGCAGACUAUGCCAUCAUGGCCGGGUAAUGGUCUUAGGAGUUCAGCUACAGCUGGGCUGAAUGGUAAUAAGACAGCACUAAGUACAACAACCCGCAGUGUUGGGGGAAACAGCAGCACAGUUCUCGAGGAAGCUAGUGAAAGCGGUAAAAUGAUGGAAGAGAGCAGUAUUAAUGGCGAGCCGGUCUCUGGGAUCGUGCACUCAAAGGCUAGCUUUGGUGUGGAGUCAGAAGAAAGGGAUGAAACGAAAGGGCAAGCUCCUCAACCAAAUGGCAAGGAAGAGCCGUCUAUGCUUGUGAACAAACACAAGAACACUACUACAGAGAAGAAGCCAGAAAGUAAUUCAACCCAACAAGCUCUUGUUCCAUAUACAGGGCCAAAGCAAGUUAUGCAAGAACCCGGCUCUACUUCUAUGGCUGGCAAGACAUGUACUCUGUCAUCUGAAGUCAAGCGUAUGUUAUCAGACACGACGAAUACGGGACUUAAGAAGCUGGUAAACAACCCAAGCCAACAAGCUCUUGUUCCAUAUACAGGGCCAAAGCAAGUCAUGCAAGAACCCGGCUCUACUUCGAUGGCUGGCAAGACAUGUACUCUGUCACCUGAAGUCAAGCGUAUGUUAUCAGGCACGACGAAUACGGGAUUUGAGAAGCUGGUAAACAACCCAAGCCAACAAGCUCCUGUUCCAGCUACUGGGCCAAAGCAACUUAUGCAAGAACCGGUCAAUACAAACACUACUACAGAGAAGAAGCCGGAAAGUAACACAAACCAGGAAGUUUCUCAACCAAGUGGCGAAGGUGAAUCAACUAAAGCUGAAGAAGGGGUAGAAGCUAAAGAAGAGAAGCCAGAAAGUAACACAAACCAGGAAGUUUCUCAACCAAGUGGCGAAGGUGAAUCAACUAAAGCUGAAGAAGGGGUAGAAGCUAAAGAAGAGAAGCCAGAAAGUAACACAAACCAGGAAGCUCCACAAGCAAAUGGCGAAGGUGAAUCAACUAAAGCUGAAGAAGGGGUAGUAGAAGGAAAUACACAAAACUCCAGAUCCCUAGCCCAAAACAGUCACCGGAGAAAGAAGUCCUCAACAAAAGUAUCCAGGUCCGGCAAGAGAUCCGGUAGGAAAGGACGGAAGGCACGGGGUAAUGAUAUAGUUAAAAACACCUUACGCAACUAA